CAGUGCCACCUGUCAGUGUCCAUCAGUGCCAGCUGUCAGUGCUCCCAUCAGUGCCAGUCAGUGCCACCUAUCAAAGCCAGUCAGUGCCACCUAUCAGUGCUGCCAAUCAGUGCCACCUAUCAGUGCCAGUCAGUGCCGCCUCUCAGUGAUGCCUAUCAGUGUGCAUCAGUGCCGCCUAUCAGUGCCCGUCAGUGCUGCCUAUCAGUGCUGCCUAACAGUAGCAGUCAAUGCCGCCUAUCAGUGCCAGUCAGUGCCGUCUAUCAGUGCUGCCUAUCAGUGCCAUAUAUGAGUGCUGCCUUUCAGUGCCCAUCAGUGAUGCCUGCCAAUGCCCAUCAGUGCCACCUACCAUGCCUCCUCAUCAGUGCUCAUCAGUGCCACCUAUCAGUGUCCAUCAGUGCAGCCUAUCAG